UUAUAAAUAGUUGCACACAAUAUAAGUGCGUAAAUAUGUUUAAUCUGUACGCGAGUUGGGACAGCUAUGAGGCCGACGAAGACGUGCCCAAUGAUGGCGACCAAUCCAUAACUUUGGCAGCAUUUCGUCGAAAUGUUGACACAAACGAAUCGCUUCGAAAGAUCCAGCGCUCGCUGUCUCACAACUCUUGUAAAGAUGUAAAUGAGACGAAAGGAGACGAUGUGGAGGCCAGUCAUGAGAUCCAACGGCAAGACAUACCGGCCGUUGAGAUAACCAAUGCGUUCUACAGUUACGGCAAAAAGAAGAAAGUUGUGAACGCUUUGCAAGGAAUCAAUUUGACGGUUCCCGAGGGCGCGAUUUAUGGACUCUUAGGCCCGAGUGGUUGUGGAAAGACAUCUCUACUCCGAUGUAUUGUCGGACGCCUUCACCCAAAGGAAGGAACGGUUAAAAUAUUCGGCAAAACUCCCGGUGAGGCCGGCAGUCAAGUUCCCGGUCCUUCUAUUGGAUAUAUGCCUCAAGAGUUGGCACUCUUUCCUGAUUUCACUCUCGAAGAGACACUCAAUUAUUUCGGUCGACUCUAUCACUUAAAGGAGAGUCUGAUCGUCGAGAGAACUGAUUUCCUGUUGAAAUUCUUGGACCUCCCGGAAAAGGGACGUCUCGUCGGCAAUUUAAGUGGAGGACAAAAACGCAGAGUUUCUUUGGCGGCAGCGCUCGUCCACAACCCACCGCUUCUCAUAUUGGAUGAGCCCACUGUUGGUGUCGACCCAUUGCUCAGGCAAUGUAUUUGGGAUUAUUUAGUGACUCUUAGUAAGGAGGAGAAGCUGACAGUCAUUAUAACGACUCACUAUAUCGAGGAGGCCAGGGCUGCCAACUUAGUCGGUCUCAUGAGAUUUGGACGCAUUCUCACCGAACAAACUCCCGAUUAUUUGCUCAAAAGAUAUGGUUUUCCAACUCUGGAAGAAGUUUUCCUAAAAGUAUGUGAACUCGACUCUCAAGGAAUAGAUGUAAAUAAUUUGCAUAAAGAGGCCCUCCGUUCCAACUCGAUUGCCAACUCGAUUUUGGCCAAUAAACCCGAUAUUUGUUUCGAUGUCAACAAAUCGGAGUCAAAAGAUCCUGAUAUGAACUCAAGCAUUAGUAGCGGCAGCAGUAGUAGUGGUGUCGGAGAUUGUGUCGAUACACUCAAGAAUAUAAACGCAAUUCCAGAAUCCAAGGAUAUCAUGGAAAUGGUUGAACCAAUCAGUGAACCACCAAAGAAGACAUAUAAUAGAAGUGGCAAUAAGUUUAAGCUCUCGAGUAAUCCGCUGAUGAAUAGCGCCGCUCGGACUUCAGCCCUCUUCUGGAAGAACAUCACUCGAUUGCGACGAAAUAUGGCUGUCCUCCUCUUCCAGUUCCUGUUGCCCUCCAUCGAAGUGAUCCUCUUCUGCACGUGUAUCGGUCAGCACCCCUUCGACAUACCGGUGGCCGUCUAUAAUCAGGAAAUCUCUGGUCAAUUCAGUCAACAAUUUUUGAGUCACAUCGACAACACUACUAUUAUUCAAAAGCCGUUCCCAUCGUAUGAUUCAGCCAUCGAAGCCGUGAAGAACGGGGAGGCCUGGGCUGCCCUCGUCAUCGGCAGGAACUUCACGAAUGCUUUGCAAAUGAGAGUUUUGAUGGCUGGAGAUGUGGACAAUGAGACACUGGAAAUGAGUUCCGUUCACUUAUAUCCGGAUAUGACAAACCAAAUGAUUUCCCUUAAACUAUAUGAGACGAUCACUCUGUCGUUUAUUAGCUUUGGGAAGGAUAUGCUGACCACUUUGGGUCAAAGUUCAUCACUUAUUGAGUUGCCUGUUGUUCUGGAAAAACCUAUAUAUGGCGAGAGAUUGCCGACAUUCACAGAAUUUAUGGCACCGGGAGUUGUGCUGAGUAUUGCAUUCUUGGCGGCCGUGGCGUUGACUGCUUUGGCGUUCGUUAUGGAACGCAAAGAAGGACUCCUCGAGAGAAGUCUUGUGGCAGGCGUGAGUUCGACUGAGUUUAUGCUGUCGCACGUAUUGACCCAACUCCUGGUGCUAUCAGUUCAGGUGGCUUUGCUGCUAAUCUUUACAUUCCUGGUCUUCGAGAUCCCAUUCCGGGGACAGUUUAUAUGGGUUAUUGUGCUGACACUACUCCAGGGGUCGUGUGGAAUGGCUUUCGGUCUAAUGAUAUCUGCAAUUUGUGAAGAGGAGAACUCUGCGACAAUGUUGGCUUUGGGCUCAUUCUACCCCAAUCUGCUACUUAGCGGUACCGUUUGGCCGACACAAGCAAUGCCUCAAUUUAUUCGAUACUUCAGUUAUGUUUUGCCGCAAACUAUUCCCAUAGAGGCCAUGCGUUAUAUAUUAUCGCGCGGAUGGGACCUCUCGUACGGAAUCGUUGCGCUGGGCUUUGGAGUGACCAUCGCUUGGAUUAUAUUCUUCCUGAGCGCAGCCGUCAUUAUUUUCAAAUAUAAAAAAUAGAUUUAAUUUGAUUUAUUAGAGUUUUUUAUAUAAAUAUUACUCUCCACUGUAUAUCUCAUUUUAAUAACUUAGCUUUUAAUUUUUUACAUUUUAAAUCUCAUUUCAAUUUUAAGAUUCUUUAUACGAGUACUCAAAAGUUUUGAAUAAAAGUUUCAGUAUUUAGUUGUAAAA